AUGCUCAGAACACGGAUUGUGAUCGAAAUUGACGAGGCAAAUACUCCAGAAAGACGGCGAUCAAGUGUUUUCCACAGUCCUUUAAGUACGCAUUUAUCUACAACAAGCAAUUAUUUGUCGGUGGACGUUCCGCCACAACGAGCUCGUAGCGCCGAAAUGAUUCUUUUGGUGCCAGACGAUGAAGACCGCCGUCGCGCUUCCUUCGAGCUCUACAAGAAAACAGUGCAACACCGACGCUUGUUACCCGACAUUGAGCAACUAAAGAAGUUUGUGAAUAUUUGCUUCUGUGCAUGCAUCAGAGUCCAGUUAGGAUACAGUGGUGGCGAUGUUCUCACGUUGUAG